AUGCGUUAUAUACGUGCUUCGUUUGUUCACCUUGUAAGGCGACUGGCUAUGACUCAAGGUGGCAAUACGGCCCGUAGGCUCGUCUUUGUCGGCAGCCAUUUGGAGCCUUGUCUGAUUCAGGAGGAGUUUCCUAUUCCCAAGUUGAAAUCUGGAGAAAUCCUUGGGAAGUUUCGAAUGGCAACGAUAUGUGGCUCAGAUUUGCACACAAUCAGUGGUAGAAGAAAAGAAGCAGUUCCUAGGUCUGUUUAGUUAUUUUGACCCCUCAUUUGAUUGAUUUUUUAUGUUCAAAUUUCUCUUUAAAGAUGGAGGCCUACUUGGAGGCGGGGUGGGGGGUCGGUAUGGGUAGGUAUGUCCCUACUAUGUUCCUACUACGUAUUCCAUCGACUUGUGAAUCUGUUUACCGUGGGAUUUUUGUGCGUCAUCGUGAGAUCGUGAGAUUGCCCUCUAAAUCGUGAGUCUCAUGGCCAAACUGUGACACUCGAGAGGUCUGUAACAGGGCCCCCCUCAGUAGGGUGCUUUCCAUGAUGCCUUCGUUUUAGAUUUUGGUCAAAACUCAAGUGCAGGAACACAUGGAUGUUUUUUCCAAUGGAUAAAACAAUGCUGUUCCAUUUUCAGUGGUCCCUGACUGGUUGCCUGAUAUAAUAGAUUGCAUCCCUUUGAGUUGGUAUCUUUUAAUCAGUUCUCCAGUCAGCAGGCCCAUAGCAGGGAGAGGGGCAGGGGGGGCUCGAGCCCCCCCAGAAAUUAAAUUGAAGACUUGAAAUUAAAGACUUGAAUUAAAUUCUGCUACAAAAGUGGAAUUUUUCUACUAAAAUGGACAGCUGUCAAUGGAAGCUAAAGUGUCAAAGUAUGGUCGAUCCAUAGUAAGAUUAUGUAUACUGUUGUUCUUCUGUGCAAUUUGGAUUUGUGUAAAUGAAGGAAAUCAUAUCCAAAAAUCAAAAACAAUCCAAAAACAACCGACAGCUUUAAAAUAUCUGCUUAUUAAGCAUGAAAAUAGUCAGAAGCAAAAUGGAUCGAAAUGCACCAAUGACAAUCCCACCUGAGCCACCUCAGGAUGUUGCAUGUUCACAAGGGCAGAACAGAUGCUCUGACCCUUGUAGACGUAGCUAAUGACUUCGUUGGGGAGAAUGAAAACCGAAAGCAAUUGUUUGGCAAAUUUUCCGCGAACGAUAUCCCAAACAAGUUCUCUAUUUCAUCAAAGUCAACUCAAACGGAAAAUUAGAGACAAGAACAAAAGGUAUUGUAGACAAAUGUAGUGAUCCGACAUGUACCAAAAAGUACGCUUUAACCGAGGGACCGAAGUGGGUGGGGGGAGUUAAUGUGGGCCACUCGCUCAGCCCCCCCAGUCAUUUUAUGCUUGCUACGGGCCUGGUCAGGCACUGCCCCAAGACAGCAACAGGCUUAGUGCCAAACCCUGAAUGAUUUAUGUACAUUUAUGCAAAGUUGACUAGAGUUAACAGUUCAGUGAUUUUGGUGGGUGUUAAGAAUGGGGUCAACAAUUAGUGCAAACUCAGUCUUCUGAUUACAGAUUUAAAGGAUUAUAUUUGUUGGAAUCUUUCUUAAUUAAACUGAAGAAAAAAAUCAGUUUCAGGGAAGUUUAGUUUAGUUGCUCUCAUUCCAAUUUUCUCGAUGAACUCACGUGGAAACGCUUGCUAUGCAGGCUAGGGGACGGUAACUCGUACCUCAAACGAAAGGGAAUCUGAGGUAUAAGGAAGGAAGGUUAUCCUGGGAUAACAAUGGGAGGGGGGUGCAUGGUACUUGCAGAUCCCCCUUUGAUCAUAUUCACUGCCACUGAUAAGCAAAAUAUCUGGUUCGGAAAGAAGAGGAUAGUUUCACAUAGGAAUUGACUUGUGAAUAUUGUUAUAUUUUAGCCAGAGCAGGGAACUUGCAAUUCAACUAUAUAUUUUUUAAUAUUUUAUAAGAAUAUUUUGCUGCUAAUUUCUUGUAGCAUUCUUGGACAUGAGGGUAUCAUAGAGGUUAUCGACCACACACGUCCCACAGGUGCCAAGAUGAAGAAAGGUGACAGACUGACAUUUCAUGUUGUUAACUGUUGUGGUGAGUGUGAACGCUGUAAAGAUGGUCUGCAACAAAAAUGUCUCUCCUUGUUCAAGGUGAGAUCCUUUAGUAAUACAAUGCUCAAUGUCAGGUCCUGAGAUUUACAUUUAUCAACUAACUGGUUUCCCAAGGGACUUGGCAUUUAGUGUUUUGUUAUUUUCCUGGCUUUGUUUUCAAUGGCAAUAAAGGAUAAAGAGUGAAUGAAAACAAUGUUGGUACAUAGUAGCACAAAGUUAACCAUCAAAACCACUAAAUGAAUGAUUUGCAAGUAGAAUGAAAGAGUAGUCUCAAUACUGAGAAACAUUAAAAGCUAAUAUAAAAUGCUAAGGAGAAGAGAAGGUUGGAGGCAGAAGAUCAGAGUUGAGAUGUACAGAGAGGUAGGAAGUAAGAGAGAAGACUUUGGGACGCAGCAGGAGAGCCAUGGAUAGGAACCAAGAGAGAGGGAUAAAAGGGAAGGAGGGAUAUAAACCAGGUGAUGAGCAGGUGGGAAAUAAUUGAGAGAAGAGUUGAUGUUGUGAAAAUGGAACAUAGUCAAAAGUAGGGUGUAAGAAACAGGAACGAAUAGUAAUGGUACCACUUUGGAGUAUGCAGAGCUGUAGUGAUGAGAACCAGGAGAUUAAGGGGUUGAAACAGGGGAGAAAGGGAACUGAGAGAGAAGGGAUUGCUGGAACCAGUGGAGGAGUGUGGGUCAGGACUAAAGGAGACAAUGGUCUUUCAUUGGCAUUACUUUCUUUUAGUAUGGUCAUGCUCCCAUGACAAGUGAUUCCCAACUGAAUGGAUGUUAUGCAUCACAUAUCAUCCUCCACAGUGGAACACAUGUUUCAAAAAUUCCUGACCAUGUUCAAGACAGAAUAGCUUCUCCUGUCAACUGUGCACUGGCGACCAUGGUAAAUGCAGUGUCUGGACUUGAUGGCAGAAACCCUCAUCGUGAAACAAGUGCUGUCAUUCAGGUAUGAGAAUGGUAUAGAUAAACUGCCUGGUAGACUGAUAUCAUUUGUACAUACUGGUACCAAGAAUGUGCUUUUGAAUUAUUAGCAAUCUAUUUUUUAAAGAGAAGUAGAAGGCUGAAAAAAGGGAAACCAUUUUUUUUUAACAUACUUUUACGAGCCCAUUGGUUCAAACAUAUUAAAAACAUACUUCCAUUAUGAAACCAGUAGCUUUUUAUUUGUGUAAAUCUUUGCCUACCUGAUUUCUUUUGCAGGGCUGUGGCCUUCUGGGCAUUUAUGGCUGUGCACUUCUUCAUGAAGCUGGAUUUAACAAAGUAUUUUGCUCUGAUAUCAAUCCUGAGAGACUGGCAAUGGUGAGCAAGUUUGGAGGUAUUCCCCUUGUUGCAGGUAAUUAACCAGGAAGUUGAGCACUUUUUGUUCAAUCCUUAUUAGUAGCCUUAAUGUUCUACUGACAUUGACAAAAUUUACCUGGAUUUCAUCAAGCACCCCUGUGACCAUCCAUCCCUAUCCAAUGGUCAUUUUAUUGACUUACGCGGCUUGAUCCAUUCCAAGUUUUAUUGCCACAAUUUUUUUCUUACACAUUCUGGUCACUUAUCCAAAGCUUGUUACAAAAUAAGCUGCUUGCAGGGUCUUAAGAGUUUCUAAAUUUCCACACCUAAAGUAGUGACUUAUAUCAGAAAAACAAUUUGGGGUUUACUCAUUUGCAGGGUUUAAUUUCUAUUGUAAAAAAAAUCACCAUCUUCCACCAGAUUUUCGUGCAGAGCACUGGUUUAAGCAAAUACAACAAUAAGCCUUAAGACAGUCUUGGAUUCAGACUGGAUUCCAGCCUUUGUUAGUGGAACUUGAAUUCUGGAUUCCAAUCGUUAGUUGGAUUCCGGAUUCCUUGAGCUGUAUUCUGGAUUCCAAAGCCCAGGAUUCCGUAUUCUACCAGCACAAUUUUCCAGAAUUUGGAUUUUAGAAGCAAACAUUGCACGGAUUCUGGAAUCCAGAUUCCCUUGUGUGGGGUGAAUUGUAACAUCAGAUAAUUUGUAUUACUGAACAAUAUUCUAAACCCAACCUUGUUCCCCCACCCCCAUUCUCUAAGGGAAAGCCCUGGGACUGAGGUUACUCUGAACCCUUAAAUUGUUUUUUUUUAGGCCAGCAGGAUCCCAGCAGUCCAAAAGACAAUUCUGUUGAUGCAGUAAUAGAGGUAAAUGGGAGAAGCUGUGUAUUACUUGACUAAUAACAUCUUUUGUCAGGGAACCUUGAGUUAAGCCCUACAGAACCUAAGACCCCUCAACAAAUAGUCUAUAUAUUCUAUUGGCAAGAGAUACAUAUUGCAACACAGAAAGCUGAAAAUCAGAUACUUACCCUGUAAGAAAUUGCCUGUCUCAUUCUUUGAAAAUGUAGGAGUGGUAAAUAAGAAGUCAUGAUUGAGCGAUUCUAGCCUAUGACAUAAUGUAUCAGCCUUCUUCAAAGUAAUCAAUUAUUUUGCUUGGACAUUAACCCAUUUUUAUAUAAGAAUGUUGCCCGUAACCGCCCAGGCGGAAUAUUCUUAUUUUACCCUUGCCGAUUUCAUCAGUUUUAACGGUAUUCUUAAAUUUUCUUCGACAUUUCCGUUGAAGAAUAUUUCAAACCAUACCAGAAUGAGCACAAUUCAGUCGCCUUGUUGAGAAAGACGCAAAAAACCACGUGACAAGGAUGAAAAUCAGUUGAAAAUAAUUGUUCCAUUACCCACCUUUUUUUCCUUUCACCUAAUCCUAAGAUCCUAAAAGCUUUCCUAAAAACUCUUCCCACCAAAAAAGCCUACUAAAUGCCCAGCAAGAAAAAAAAAAAAAAAAUGAGGCAAUUCGAAAAAAAAAGGAGAGAAAGCGAAAAGUAAAAAAAAACUAUCUCGAAAAUUUGCUUUCUGCGCAUGCCCCAACUUCGCUAGCUGAUAUUUUGCAUCUGGAUCAGAAGGCCGCCAAGUGUACGACCUGUAAACUGGUUUGUGGUAAGUUUUAGCUCUUUAUAGCACGACAGUGACCAGAAAACCACUCGACUAGCUUCAAAACGCGUUUUUCGACAAAAUCUCCAGGAGCGAAUGGGUUAAUUAAAAAAAGCUACGGCACUUUGUUUCAAUUUCUUGCUCAUUAUGUCAGACACAAGUCAGACAGUAAGCAGUAUUCAUUUUUUAUACCACAUGCUGCCAGGAUCAUUCUCUACUAACAUUACCGUAAAUGAUGUGAAAGACGCAUACUCAAAUAAAUGCUUCUUGUUUAAUAAACGCCCCCUCUACAAUGUUAACUUUGUAUUACAUGCCCCUCUCUAAUAAACACCCCCUGUCUAACAGACGCCCUCAUGACAAUUACUCCAAAAUACUAGGAAUUAGCAAAAAGGAACAAAAUCAUUGAAUCUUGUAUAAUAUCAACUGAGGUCAAAGUAAGGUUAGACUAACGAUGACAACACAGUGAUCCUGAGUGAGGAUUUUGACAUCGCUGUUGAGAUUUGAAAGAGCGAUGGAUCUCUAGACGGCUAACCUCGUCCCCAGGGCGCUUUUCCAUGGCGCUGUCGCGCCCCACCUCCAAAGCCAUGGAAAAGCGCCCUGGGGACGAGGUUGCUAGACGGCCUAGAUGUAUCAACUAUGAUGGACUGGAUAUUCCGCUACUCUGAAAGCAUAUUAGUUUUUUUGAGCUUGAGCUAGUUUAUAUAUUUAAAAAUAAAUAAGCGCCCCGCGUCUAUUAGAUCCUUUACGGUAUUCAUCUAUUUUCUGGUCUGUACUGUACAGGUUUGUGGUAUCCGUAGUGUGAUACCGGAAGGAAUAAAACUUCUUAGGCCAGGCGGGGUUUAUGUGUUAGUUGGAAUGGUUCAUCCAGAUUCCAAGAUGGAUGUCACUGCCGAGCAAAUAAUAAGGAAGUGCAUCACCAUCAAAGGUUUACCACGCUUUUUUUUUUGUUUGUCUUUGAGUUUUUCUGUUUUAUAAAUACAGUCAAACUCCGUUAAUACAGACACUGAGGGGGUCAUAGAAAGUUUAAGGGGGUUGAAUUUAGAGAAAAUGUAAUUUCCCCAGGGACACAGCAAACUGUCCGUAAUAAUUGUCCGUAUUCGGGUUGAAUUUAGAGAAAAUGUAAUGGCUUUCUUUCGCCAGGGACAAAUCAAACUGUCCGUGAUAAUGAAGUGUCCUUAUUAAGCGGGUUGAAUUUAGAGAAAAUGUAAGGGCUUUCUUUCCCCAGGGACAAAGCAAACUGUCCGUAAUAACGGGGUGUCCGUAUUAAGCGGUUUGAAUUUAAAGAAAAUGUAAGGGUUUUCUUUCCCCAGGGACAAAGCAAACUGUCCGUAAUAACAGGGUGUCCGUAUUAAGCGGGUUGAAUUUAGAGAAAAUGUAAGGGUUUUCUUUCCCCAGGGACAAAGCAAACUGUCCGUAAGAAAACAGCCCACAUUUCAGCGACACAGCCAUCGGCUUCCCCGCGGCGAAACUAUUGGUGGCGUCGCAAAAUGUCGGCUGUUUCUUCAAGCUUGAUGACGUUGAUAGUCCCUUAUGGAAGGUGAUCGCUUGUCAGAACUUAGCCUGUGAGCAAGCUCCCCUGGGCGCUCUAGCGGCGGGGCGAAAAAGGAGGGGCCCGCAGAGCUUACUCGUUGGUAGACUUGCUACAAUUCGACCUCUCAUAAGUUAUUAAAAGUGUGCCAAGCGAGCUUUAAUGCACAGGUCGCGCAGGGAACGAGCGAGCGACGAACUCUGGAGCUCAUAACAAACCAGGAAAAAAGAAUAAAGAACUUUUAGAAAGUCUAACUCGUCGGCUGAUCAGAACUGAAUGAUCCCUGGUACUGAUAGCUGGGAAUUGUCAGUAUGAGCAUAAUAGCUUGUGAGAGGUGAUCGCACUUGUAGGUUCGCGUUUUAAACCUUUUUCAACCGUUUUGUUUUUAGGAAUUCAUAACUAUGGACCUCAGCAUCUGGACGACGCCGUCGCCUUUUUGUCCAGAACGUGCAGCAAAUAUCCUCAUGAGGAACUUAUCAGUCCCCCUUAUAAACUGGCCGAUUUUUUUACAGCCUUACAAGUAUCUCAGAAACAAACAUAUUACAGAGUUUGUGUGGAGCCUUGAGGCUCAAAGAACUGGUGGAUCGUUACGGAAAGACUACGCGUAACUGCGCGCGGAAAAUUAAUGAACUUGAAUUGAAAUAAGUACUAGCUAAAUGCAGAUAGCGAGACAAUUUACGGGCGUAGCCUGCGGAAAGUUAGCGUGAAUUUCAGACAUAUCUUCAACGGGAGUAUGCGACUCGUAGGAAUGUCUAAAAUUCAGGCUAGAAGAUAAUUGGCUAAGAAAACAGCGCGUGGUUUUAUUUCAACCAAUCACAAAGACUGACCCAGACCCAAAGCAAACUUGAAGGGAUGAACCCGGUAGACUUAGCGUUCUUUUGGUUUUGUCGGCGUUGCUGCGCGAGCGAAUUUUUUCAGAUUAUUUAUAUGAUCACGCAUUACGGCGAGGUAAAACUAGAGAGUCACUCACUUUUUCAUUUUGAAUAGAAAUAUACAUGUACUUAAUUUGCCAUUGCGAAUUGAUGGUCAAAGUGAUUACAGCAAUCUUUCCUUUUUGAAACCAUCAAAAGACUCCAGAUACCAUUAAAGGGGG